AUGACUCCAAUUGAGAUGGAUACUACUCAAAAUGAUAUGCAAGUUACUCCUAAUGAUGUUGAAUCCAACAGUACAGGGGAUUUUAGUCAGUGUAUGCAAGUUACUCCACCUAGAAGUUAUGAAGGUGAUGAGGGUGUUGUGGGUGAGGAAGCUGAGGAGGGUGGUAAUGUUCAAGAUGAUGAGGUUUUUCUUAAUGUCCAAGUUGUUGAUAAUGUUCAAAUUCAGGAGGUUGUUCCUAUUAUCCAGGUUCAGCAGGUAAGGGUUAGACCAAUUUCAAAGAUUUUGAAGAGGAUAAGGAGAAGAAAGUCAGAGAGAAUCUUAAAUCUGGAAUUAGGCAAGAGAAUUGGUGGUGUUGAUGAUCCAGGAAAUUCUAAGGUAAAAGAUCUUCUAAUUGAUUAG